GUUAUCCUCGGUGACCUCAUCGUCCCAUCGGUUAGCGCCUGCUGAGCUGGGCACAACGGCGACGCCAUUCUAGUGCAGACACUAUGCUCCUCAAUCUGUCAUUUGAGGAUACAUCUCCUAUUAUUACAUACACGAACCCCUCGAACCCACCUGCAGGAUCCUUGUUAUGGGGUGCGAGCACUACGACUGACGGAUGUAGGGGCUUGUAUUCUGACUCCAGCUUUACUGGCACCAACAUCAACAAGGCGACGAUGGCGUUAACAUUCAAUGGUACUGGCAUCUGGAUCUAUGGUGCCAACAGAGCUAAUCAUGGCAAUUACUCCGUUUCAAUCGACACUCAGGACUUUGGCCCAUUAUCUGGGUAUGCGAACGACUCCGGUUGUACAGUUCUCUCGGACUUCAAGGCGCUCUUGUUCGGUCAAGCAGGCCUACCAAUGGGGGCCCACGACGUCACCUUGACCAAUCUCCCGAUCAAUACAAGCUACAAUUGGGUUGACGUGGAUUACAUCACAAUUGAAACUGAGAUUGGGGAUGCAGGUGGUGUCCAAGUUCAGACCAGCACUGUAGACGAUUCUUCGGGUCAAUUCAGUUAUAGCUCCGGUUGGAGCACAUCGAGAGCUACAGGACAAACGUCAUAUUUGGAUGGGACAUUGCAUGAGGCAAACACCAACCAAGCUAGCGUGAUAAUCAACUUCGAAGGACAGGCUAUCUCAGUAUUCGGAGGCGUGGAUACACCGUAUGGCCCAUUUGUUGCUGUAUUGGACUCUGAAGAGCCACUCUCACUGAAUGCGCACUCGUACGACUUCUUUCCCCAAACGCUGUUGUACCAUGCGAAUUCCUUGGGUGAGGGAGUGCACAAAUUGACAUUGUUCAAUGGCGCGUCGUCCUUCGAUGUGGAUUACGCGAAUAUUUGGAGCGAUAAUUCUACCAUCCCAUUGAAUCCAAGCCCUGGCACUGCAUCGGGAACCCCCGAUGGACCUGGACCGACUGGAUCUAAUAAGACGUCAGGUGCAUUGCCUACGACUUCAACGCCAAUCGGACCAAUUGUUGGUGGGGUGGUUGGCGGCGUACUAUUCAUAGCGCUUGUCGGGGCGUUGCUCAUAUUCUGGCAAUGUCGACGCCGAAAUCGACAAAUAAUGGAGACCUCCGCACUUGCAAACAGUAGUCUGCAACCGAUGAGAUCAAUCCCUGCUCAGCAUAUGUCCAUCCCUGAUCACCAGGCUGAUGCCCACAGAAAGAGGGCACCGCCGGGUAUUUUCGGCCAUCAGAAUACCUCCUCCUCAGCAGGGUUAACAACUCUCGCUUCAACCAUCUCAUCCCCAUGGAGCCCUGUCACCAAUUCUAGAAACACACAAUCAGCACGCGGAUAUCCAGGUCCUACGAUACCUUCUCCAGCGCAACCAUUCAUCCUGCGGGAUGAUGAUGCGUGGCACCUCUCAGGCUAUCCAAAUGAAGAAGAAAUUGGGGCGGGAAAUGGCGCCGAAACAAUCCUCCUUCCACCCGACUAUAGUCAAGCAACUUAUACUACCUGUUAAUGGUACAGAGGUUGGGCACGGAAG